AGUGUGUUCGCUGAACAUGUUCGUUGAGAAAGGUGUUUGUUUCGCAAGUUCCGUGGCACAGACAAACUGCAAGAGAAAACCCAUCAUAAACCGCAAAAAGUGGGUGGAGACUAAAGGAAAUAGGAAGACAUUAUACGGGCGAGAUAAAGAUUCAUAUAAAAGAUUGCGUAGUGUGUGUGUCUGUGUGUGUGUGUGGGGGGGGGGGGGUAGGGUUAGGUUUUAUUAAAAACCUGUUUUUCGUAAUUUGUGAAUGCAGUGCGCCUCCUUAAUUAAGGGGUCUGAUUGUGAUAAAAAUUAACACAUAAUUUACACAAAUUAAUUUAUUAAUGUACAUUGUUUUUUAUACGUUUGUAUUUUGACGCCAUGAACAGUAAAAGAGCACACGCAAUGGAGUUAUCAGUGUGUUUGAAAAAUACCUGGAGCGUAAAUGUAUGGUUUGCCCUUUUUCGGCGUUGUGUGGUGUCGUAAGACCGGAUUUAUUAACCAACUGCAAGCCAAACAGACGUGAGAAAGGAAGAGGGACAUUAGUUUGCGCCUUCCUCUUCGAGCAGUUAUUUUUAUGGACGUGGAAGGUUCGUUUAAGGGGCUUGGUAUCUCUCAGUUCAUUUCCGUGUAACACUUAAGGAGUAUUACAACCUGUUUGGUUAUUAUAACCAAGGGCAACGAGUCGGCAUCGCUGUCACAUACCGACAUCUAUACUUUCUUUUGGUGGUUACAAUGUAACCUUUUCGAUUAUUAUUUUUUUAAAAGUUAUGUAUAUAGUAAUGUUAAGCCAUUCUGUUCUUUUAUUUACUUUUGUAAUUGGAAUGUAGCUUUUUCAGUCCAUUUUCAUAACAGAAGUAAAAUGCAUAUUAGUGCUACGACUAAAUACCUGUGGCUUCUAAUGAUGGUCCGCGUAGGAUCUUUUCAAGAAGGACUUUGUCGUCGAAAAGAACCCCUCCCUGGUGUGCAGGUUUUGGCCCCGGGAGGCAUCGUAACUCUGAGCUGCAGUGGCCAAAUCACAGUGGAUGGAGUUGGUGUCACCUUGACGACCGCAAGCCAGGCAGGAAGAGAUGGAGAGGAGCUUGCGAGGACAAGGGACGCUGUGAGCGUGGGCGGCAGUUAUGGGGACAUCACGACUUCUAGGAGUCCACCCUCGACUGCCUUAGGGGUGGAGCUAAAAGGGAAAGAUUCGAGUGCAGUGACCGUCAGCCGUAACUGGCCUUCAGGUGAUGCCACCACUAGUGAGAAGGAUGCCACAAUGUUCCAAGAGGCCACAUCUGUGGAGGUGGGUGAUGUGAGCAGGACAAAGGUCAGGGCCCCUCGGCAAGCAAGGUGGCCAGUGAAGGACUCCAGGUCACGCGUGCACUGGAAGCUGGAUGGUCGUCCCAUGCGAGUCACUGGAGAAGAGGUGGACACACUGCACCUCGGCCCAUUUUUUGCAUCCAAGUCUGGAAAUUACAGCUGUCACCAGGGAAGCAAAAUGAUCUUCUCAGUGAAAAUAAUGGUGGAGGCUCCUCCAGAACAGCCCUCGUUAUCUUGCUACCAAAAGUCACCCACAAGUCACAUCCGCUGUGAAUGGCAAGCCAGUCAGCCGGUGACCCCAACCCCCCUGUGUCACCUCCUGCUGAAAAAAGGGUUGUUGGAUCAAACUACAGUGAAGCCGUGUAGCUAUUCGAAGCUCCAGAAUCGCUGCUGGUGUGUGUUGGACAAGAAGACAGAGGGGAGCAGAGACAGUUACUGGGCGUCACUGUGCGUCUACAACACUGCUGGUCAUGUUACCAGCCCCCCAGUCGCUCUCCAUCCACAAGAUGUCGUUAAGCCGGACCCCCCGUAUAAUGUGUCAGUGCAUAGUCAAGAAGGGAAAAAACACUGGCUGAUAGUGUCUUGGAAAUAUCCUCGCUCGUGGAAGGGUAAUUUCUACAAACUCACUUUCCAACUGCAGUAUUUCGUGGUCCUGCAGGGGAAUCCCAGAGGCAUGCAAGAGGUUCACACUCCUAAGCUGAACUACACAAUCAAGGAUGCCACCCCCAGAGUCAAGUACCUCCUGCGGGUUCGAGGCAGAGAGGAGUUUGGCAUCGGGCACUGGAGUGACUGGAGCCCGCAGCUCUAUGCUUACACCUGGACAGAGCCGACGACUAUGCCAGCCUCCACCGAUACAGUUCAUGACUCCUGGUUUCCCGAGGGCUCUGGUAUUGAUGAAGAUAACGCAGUGGGACGCGUUUUUGUUCCGCACACGCCUGACAGCCAGUUACUGCUGCACGUGUCCUGGGUGAUUGGAGUCUGCAUGCUACUGGGCCUCAUUGUCAUGAGCGCCUUUGCCCUCAGGCACAAGGUAAAGUUCAUAUUCAAACCUCAUAAGCUGAGUGGUACUUCCCCUCCGCUGCCAUCGGCCUCGGCUUCUUCAGCAUCGCCUACAGAGGAAGGAAAUCCCCUUGUGCGUGGAGAGCGGCCUGGUCCCCCACAGAACUCAGACCCCCCCUUUCCUGAGGAAGAUGAGGCGAGUGCCGAAGGAAUUCACCUCUCCAACUUGGGUUACUUCUUAGUACAAAGGGACUAAGAGACCUGGCACUUAGCCUCUGUACUUGUCAGAUUUAUAUGCACUGCAUUAUAUAGCAUAAAGUGUACAUCUGUAUGAAUGAUGUAGUAAGAUAUUACUACACACCCAUGUGAAGUACCUUUAGGUGACUAUUGUGAGAGGCACUAUAUAAAAAUUAAUUUAAUUGAAUGUAUACUUUGCUAAUAUAAACGCAAAUCCGUUCAUCUUUUUUGCAAUAGAAAACUGUAAUGGUUCAAUACGCUGAGCCAAUAGUAUGUAUAUGAGUGUAAGAUACCAUAAAGCAUUGCAUUGUUUUUUAAACUAUAUGAUACCAUAUUUGUUAGGUGGGAAAAUGGACUGAGUUUUGAAUUUCUGGUCUUGUGUCAUAACCUGUUUGUAUUUCACAUGCAUGUAUUUGAUUAUAUGUGGUGCUGUGUCUUAUGCAGUCAAAGAAAAUGUUUAAAUGAUCUUCAUGGUAAAAAGUGUGUCAGCUUUUCAAAACCUUUCCUUAAGUCACCCCAAUAUUUGCAGCAACCAAACAUACACCAUCUUAUUAUAUGACUCUUACUUGGCUAAUCAAGACCUCAUUGAGUUAUUUAACUAAUUAAGUUAGUUAAUCGAAAUAAUGGUGAAAUUUUAUAAAUAUAUGGAUUGGGUGCCCCUGAGAAGAGGUUUGGGAACUGAAGCGUUCAUCUAGCCACCCAACUAGAUGUACUCUAACUUAAGAACUUAAGAAAUUUCUGUUAGUUUUUAUUGUUACUGUUAACUUGCAUAUGUUUUCAUGUUAAACAGUUUUUUUUCUAAGCAAAUAUACAUUCACAACCCAGUCAAACAACUUUAAACAUUUGCUUUGACUGUGAAGACUUUCACAGCACUGUGUAUAAUAUUAACUUGAGAAUAAAUGUGUAUAAGUUC